UUUAUAUUCUCAAGGUCUUGAGAGAAGCUGUCUAUUUUCCCUUCUCAGAGUCGUGCUAGGGAAGGGCAUAAAUACCAUUCCAUCAAGGAUAUCAGAAUGGAGUGGUAUGCGCGCGUGCUGGUGUUGAUCCUGAGCGCACCGACCCUGGCAGCAGCGGACUGCACCACGCGCUGCCUGAAAUGCGCACAGCUGGAAACAUCAGUGGAUAGCCUGACCUGCACAUUAGAGUGUGAAGGGGCCCUCUCCAGUUCCUGGGAAUUAAGCAAAUGUGACCGAAUACUCAACCCGCAGUCGAUGGACUUAACUGCGGAUGACGAUGCGCUCAGCGCGCCCAACACCGAGGAAAGCCAAGACUCUCUCCCCAACCUGGUCAAGAGAUACGGGGGCUUCAUUAAAAGGAUUGACAAAAACAAACUUUUCAAAUCCCCCUGGUAUGAGAAUGCCAUUCUGAAAGGAGUUAUAGGAAAGAAACUCGAGCAACCCCUUGGCAAAUUUGGUGAGCGCGCGGCUCCUGAGUUUUCCGAGGACACGGAAGGCGAGGACGUGGCAACAGAGCGCGAAACGGGAAUAUAUGACGAGGCAGCAUCAAACCUCGUCAAACGGUACGGAGGAUUCUUGAGAAAAUUCCCAAAGCGAAGCGAGCCAUCACUAUCGUCGUCGGAAGAGGAAAGCGCGGGCCAGGAGCUGCAGAAACGGUACGGAGGAUUCAUGCGCAGGGUCCGACCCAAGCUCCGGUGGGACAACCAGAAGAGAUACGGGGGGUUCUUACGGCGCCACUUUAAGAUCUCAGUCAGGUCAGAGGACCCUGCAUAUGAGGAUGACGCAAGUCUUUAGGUCAGGGCGUAGUAGACCUAAUGUAUUCAAUCACAGCCGCCUUUCACUUCAAACUUCUAUCCCAGAUGCGUGAGAAUGUUGCCCAUAAUGCGUCACUGUGGUGUCUGUGCUGCUGAGCCUGGUGUGGUGUUGGUGUCACAGCGGGUUAUGAUCCAAGUCAUGAUUUAGGAGGGGAAACAUACGGACUCGUCUGGCUCAUCGGUCAAGUCACAAAGUUUGAUGGACCUUCAGGUCGAGAAGCAUUUGUUGUUUUGCGUAAAAAAAGCCAUCUUCUGUAAGUCAUGUACUGAAUCCCAAUAUGCUUGUUUAAUUACUCUCUAUACCGACUCUCCAUAAUAAAGGCAAGUGCCUCGUUUGCCCCAGCUGCAAGGAAAUGCUGUUUGUAUUGAUUCACAAAUGAAACUGGACGAAUACAUCUAAACUC